AUGCCAACAACGCGAGAGAACCUCGAUCCGGUGUCUCCGAACGACGAACCGAUCGAAGAGGACAUUGUUUGCCCAGGUGCCGAUAUGGCCAGGGAACAACUCGUCCAGGAUUCUCCUAUGAAAAUCGACCCGACACACAUCAGUCCCAAAUGGUGGGGGUGUCAAGGUCACUGCAAUGUCCAAGGAAUUGCAUCUGAAUACCUACAUGGUCGAACAGACCAAAGGAGCAGUUCGAAGGGUUCCAUCUUCGAUUCCAUAGUCCUGGGGCUCUUCCUUCUCCACGGUGGUCGCUCUACCUCCUCUUUUGAGUUUGAGGCUUACUGGGUACGCCUCAGAGCGUGGGUUGAUGUCGGUUUUCAGCAAGUAGUUGUCGCUGUACUCCGGCAUUACCUUUGGAUCCUCGCGAUGAAGAAGGUUCUUCGGGAGGGUGGCAUUAACGCCGGACCUAUCACUAGGCCGAUACCCCCCAAAUUUGUUGCCCUUCUUCAUCGCGAGGAUCCAGAGGUAAUGUCGGAAUACAGCGACAACAUACUUGUCGAAAACCGACAUCAACCCACGCUCUGA